AAAAUAAGAGAGCAGAGUAUUUAGAAAAAAGACAAGCAGAAUUUACAUAGAAUAGAAUAUCAAUAGAGAGUGAAAGAGAACAGUAUGGACUCAAAGAGUGGUUUUUGCAGCUCUAAUUCAAUCUUCUAUAGCAAGAGGAAACCCCUUCCACUCCCUCCAAGUCACUACAUAGACGCCACCACUUUCAUCUCCUCCCGCUCCCAUCACGGCCGCGUCGCUUUAAUUGAUGCAUCCACCGGCCGACAAUUCACCUACCAACAACUAUGGAGUGCCGUCGAAGCCGUCACUUCAUCUCUCUCCAACAUGGGAAUCCGAAAGGGUGACGUCAUCCUCAUCCUCUCUCCCAACUCCAUCUAUUUCCCGGUGGUGUGUCUGGCCGUGAUGUCCCUCGGCGCAAUCAUCACCACCACCAAUCCCCUGAACACAACACGCGAAAUCGCCAAGCAGAUCGCCGAUUCCAAACCUGUCCUUGCUUUCACAACCUCUCCUCUAGCUCCCAAAAUCAGAGGAGCAUCACCCACACUUGCAAUCAUUCUCAUGGAAUCCGAAGGUGACUCAUCAAACACACUGGAGGAAAUGAUGAAGAAAGAACCAGAGUUGAGUAGAGUGAGGGAACGAGUGAACCAGGACGACACAGCUACUUUGCUUUACUCAUCUGGAACAACGGGACCCAGCAAAGGUGUGGUAUCUUCGCAUAAGAAUCUCAUAGCAAUGGUUCAAAUCGUAUUGGCUAGAUUCGGUAAAGAACAAGAGGAACGUGGACAAACCUUCAUAUGCACUGUUCCAAUGUUUCAUAUAUACGGUCUUGCAGUUUUCGCAACAGGGCUUCUCUCCUUGGGUUCAACCAUUGUUGUUCUAUCCAAAUUCGAGAUGCACGAUAUGCUUUCAUCCAUUGAGAAAUUCAGAGCAUCGAUCCUACCGCUUGUGCCGCCCAUACUGGUGGCUAUGCUUAACAACGCUGAUGCGAUUAAGAGCAAGUAUGAUUUGAGUUCCCUUCAUACGGUGCUCUCAGGUGGGGCUCCUCUAAGCAAAGAGGUUACAGAAGGGUUUGUUGAAAAGUACCCGAAUGUUGCCAUACUUCAGGGUUAUGGUCUAACAGAAUCCUCUGGAGUUGGGGCUUCCACUGAUUCUUUGGAAGAGAGUCGUAAGUACGGCACUGCGGGACUUUUGUCUUCUUCAACGGAAGCUAUGAUUGUCGACACUGAAACUGCUAAACCGCUACCUGUUAAUCGAACGGGUGAACUUUGGCUCCGGGGUCCCACCAUCAUGAAAGGUUAUUUCAGUAACGAGGAGGCAACUACAUCAACCCUUACUUCAGAUGGUUGGUUAAAAACAGGAGAUGUUUGCUAUAUUGAUAGCGAUGGAUUUGUAUUUAUCGUUGAUCGUUUGAAAGAGCUAAUUAAAUACAAGGGAUAUCAGGUCCCUCCAGCAGAACUAGAAGCUCUGCUGCUGACUCAUCCUGCUAUUUUAGAUGCUGCUGUCAUACCGUAUCCCCAUAAAGAGGCUGGACAGAUUCCAAUGGCAUAUGUAGUAAGGAAGGCUGAAAGUAACAUAGCGGAAAAACAAGUUAUGGAUUUUAUUGCAGGACAGGUUGCUUCGUAUAAAAGAAUUCGAAAAGUAGCAUUCAUAUCUUCUAUACCCAAAAAUCCAUCUGGUAAAAUUCUUCGGAAGGAUCUCGUCAAGCUCGCUACAUCUAAACUUUGAACAGAUGAGCUAUUAAAUGAUAGGUUUCUUCUAGAUUUAAGUAUAAUGAAUUCUUUCAAGUAAAAACCAGCAGUAUUGCUUUUCAAUACUCUUUGGAGAAUAAAAAUGUUUUCAUUUGGAUGAACAUUUAUAAUUUGAACGAUAAUAUUUGUUGAAUAAGAUAUUUAUUUUUAUGUUCAAACAA